CGUUCGUUAUGUUUGGGCGGAAAUAGGUUGACAAGGAGCAGACGACAAAUUUCCGGGGGAGUUUUAGUGUACAAUUUAAUUAAAAACACCAAAAAAAUCGUGAUGGAGUGGGAGGAGUCACCAACGAGCAGUUGUGAAACAUUAGAGAAUAAGUAUAGUUUACAAUCUUGUAAUAUUUUAAAUGAAUUACGAAAAUCUGGCCAACUGACAGAUGCAGUCAUCAAAGUUGAAGACCAGAUCGUUCCUAUUCACAGAGCUAUCCUGUCCGCAUGUAGUCCAUACUUUAGGGCUUUGUUUACAAAUGAAUUGUUUGCUACUAAUCGAAAGGAAGUUGUUAUUCCCGGUGUCAGUGCAGAUAUUAUGAAGUUGAUAGUUGAUUACGCGUACACCCGACAAGUUGAUGUGAACGCCACCAAUGUGGAACUUUUGCUGCCAGCAGCCGACCAGUUCCACGUGAACGGGAUAGUCAAAGCUUGCUGCGACUACUUAGCUUCACAAAUGGUCUAUGAAAACUGCAUAGGAAUUUACAAGUUUGCCAAGAGUUACUUCUGCCACAAUUUGGAACGCAUUAGUUUCCGCUUUCUCAUGCAGAAUUAUUGUAAAAUCAGCGCGCACAGUAAUGAAUUCCUACAGUUGACCGCCGAUGAGCUGGCUGAAUUACUCAGCCGAGAUGAGCUCAAUGUCAAGAAUGAAGAGCUGGUUUUCGAUUCUGUCCUGCGCUGGAUUGAUUACGACCCUGAACGCCGCAAAGGCAGUAUGGCGAAGCUUUUAAGAUCCAUACGACUUGGACUUCUGUCCACCCAAUACUUUGUGGAAAAGGUGAAGCCUCACCCAUAUGUAAAGGAGUCGGAGAAUUGUAAACCAAUUAUCAUCAACACCCUCAAGUUUCUGUAUGACCUUGACAUGGACAGCAAAGAUGAGGUUGAUGCAGUGAACCCACUGGCCCGGCCCAGAGUGCCACACGAGAUACUAUUCGUGGUAGGGGGGUGGAGCGGUGGCUCACCUACCAACAUUGUGGAGACAUACGACACGAGAGCUGAUAAAUGGAUCAUCUGUGAAGCUAUGGACACUGGUCCUCGUGCCUACCAUGGUACCGCGUGCCUUGGCAACGUUAUUUACAUCGUGGGUGGUUUUGAUGGAAUGGAGUAUUUUAAUUCUGUACGAUGCUUUGACCCCGUCUCUAAAUCCUGGGCAGAGGUUGCCCCGAUGAACGCUAAAAGAUGUUAUGUGAGUAUAGCAACCCUGGAUGGUCUGAUAUAUGCUAUGGGAGGCUAUGAUGGUCACAAUCGUCAGAACACAGCUGAAAGAUAUUUCCCAAAGAAGAAUCAAUGGUCUCUCAUUCAACCAAUGACCCACCAGAGGAGUGAUGCCAGUGCUACAUCUCUAGCAGGAAAGGUAUAUAUUUGUGGAGGCUUCAAUGGACAAGAGUGCUUACUGAACGCCGAGGCUUAUGACCCUAACAUUAACCAGUGGACAAUGAUUGCCCCCAUGAGAAACAGGAGAAGUGGGGUCGGCAUUAUUGCAUACAGGGAUCAUAUAUUUGCACUCGGUGGUUUCAAUGGUAUCUCUCGAAUGAACACAGGAGAGAAGUAUAAUCCUGCGAAGGACAGCUGGACCAGUCUACCGGAAAUGUACAGCCCAAGAUCGAACUUUGCUGUGGAGGUUCUGGAUGACAUGAUAUUUGCUAUUGGCGGUUUCAAUGGAAUGACCACUAUUUUCAAUGUAGAAUGUUAUGAUGGUACCACAGAUGAAUGGUAUGACGCCACCGACAUGAAUUUAUACAGAAGUGCACUUAGCGCAUGCGUGGUUACCGGGUUACCGAACGUCUAUGACUAUCUACACAGGGACCGAGAUAAAGACGUCAUCGAGAAGAAAAGAGCAAGAGCACAAAACAAUGCCGAAUAAAUUUAAUAUUUUAGAAUGUUACGAACAAAAUUAUCUUAAAAGGCACAUUUAAAAUAUUUAUUUUUGGCAACAUUAUUUUCUAAUCUUAUAUUUUGAAGUAUUUGAAUAUCUAUUUUGUUUAUUUUUUUUUUGGAAGUAACACUUUACAUCGGAAGUAUUUUUAUGAAAAAAGUCAUUAAAACAUGGAACAAUAAACUAA